UCAAACAAUUUACUGGGCUCUAAUCUAGAUCCAAAAGCCCACAUUCAAUAUUCAGUGGCACUAGGAAAGAAACGCCGGUUAGCUCCAUUUUACCAAGCGCGAAUUCCAAAACCCGCUUUAAACCCAAAAAAUAAUUCCGCCGCCGUCUCCGUUAUCUUCCUCCUCCUUCCGCCGGCGAGAAGUUACCCACCGACACCGCAAGCCUCGGAGGCGCAGAUUUCCCAAGGGUGGGAAGGAGAUUCAACUUUGGGUUUGGAAUGAACUGCUUGUCUAGGUUAUCUGCAUACUCCGCAACCAUCUUUGGAAGGUCGACCAGCCAUUUCAUUGUCAAGGGCACCUGGAAUCAGUGCUCAAGCCCCCUUUGGAAGCACAGCUUUGAGCUUAGUUCCGUUAGAACUGGAAACCCGAAAUGUGUCCUCCCUAAGUUUGUCACCCGUUGCUACUCAACCGAGAAGCCCAAAUCAAAAGCUCCACGGAAGAGGAAGUCUUUAGAGGAGAAAGAGACGGAUAUGGAGAAAGAUUCUUUCUUUGUGGUGCGGAAGGGGGAUCUUGUUGGUGUGUACAACACUUUUAAUGAGUGUCAGGCUCAAGUCGGAUCUUCAAUAUGUGACCCUCCUGUGAGCAUUUACAAAGGGGAAUCGAUACCGGAUGAAACCAAAGAGUACCUUGCAACUUGUGGACUUCAGAAUGCUAUAUACACUAUUCGAGCUCAAGAUUUGAAGCCUGAUCUCUUUGGCACACUUGUCCCUUGGCCAUUUCAGCAACCUGGUCAUUCCACAGAACAAAUUGAUGACAGGGAUGGCAAAAAGAGAACCCUAGAUAUGAUGAUACCACAAGCAGUGGUAAGUUUUGGUUACUUUCAGAUUGAAGCAGGUGGAACCGCAUUGACUGUAGCUGAUCCCUCGAAAAAGGCUGUCCAAUUGGAUCAUCAAAUGGCUACUCCACUACGUUCUUUUGGUUAUGACCCGGAAUAUUGUACCCUCGAGUUUGAUGGUGCUUCGAGAGGAAACCCUGGACCAGCAGGGGCAGGAGCUGUUCUACGGACAAGUGAUGGAACUUUGAUAUGCAGGUUGCAGGAAGGAUUAGGGACGAAGACUAAUAAUGUGGCUGAGUAUAGAGCUGUACUUCUUGGACUGAGAUAUGCUCUCCAGAGGGGCUAUAGAAAAAUACGCUUACAAGGCGACUCCAAGCUUGUGUGCUCUCAGAUUGAUGGUACAUGGAAGGUCAAGCACGCCGGCAUGGCUGAAUUAUGCGAUCAGGUCAAAGAGCUGAAGGACAGAUUUGUCUCUUUCGAGAUUAACCAUGUUCUAAGGGAAUUCAACGCCGAAGCUGAUGUUCAAGCAAAUCUUGCUGUUAAUCGCCGUGAAGGAGCAGUUCAAGAGGUUUACGAAUAGCAGCAUAUAUAGCUACUUAAGUUGAAAGAUAGUCGAAGUUCUUGAUGAGUAGAGAGGCUUUACAUUCAGCACCGGAGAUAUCAGAAAGGGGCCAGUUUUUGAAAUGUAAUUUCCAGUUCCCAUGCAGGUUUGAACAACUUAUUAUGAACCCUCGGAAGUCAAGAAUAUGGGCUAUAUUACCCUUUGCUGCUGACAUCGACAGCCAUUUCGGAUACCGUCGAAGAAAGAAAUUGCUACUCACUUGCACUUCUUUUGUAUGUUGAAUCAAAUAUGAUAUGCUGGGUGUUAUCUAACUUUUAACGAACUUGUCAAGUUUGGAAUCAAGUGACGAUGUGACAUAAUAGUCGCGUUGUUUAGCCUCGUCAACAUGUAGUCCAUAAGUGUCCAUAUCAACUCAUCAUUGUCGUCAAUCCAAUCCAGCGGGACUAAUACAGGUCAUAUAGAUUGAAAUUGGGUCGAGUAAUAAAUUUAAUAUGCAUGGAUAUGGAUAU